AAAAUAUUCGGUUCAUUGUCCUAACAUGUUUAGCUUAUGGAAGCUGUUUGAUGAAUCGACUUAAUGAAAAAUAGAAGCAGCACAUCAGGGGAUGAAAUAGAACAAGAAAUUUCAUGUAGCACAAGUUCGAAGAGGAGCGGUUUUGAAUAUGUUCGUAUUAAUACCCCUUCGCAGCUAAAAGAUGAAUAUGACAUUGGUCCAGUUAUCGGUGAAGGUACAUUUGGCAUUGUUUAUCAUGCUUCGAGAAAAACUGAUGGUGUGAACUGUGCAAUUAAGAAAUGUGACCACGCCUUUAUAUCAAUCUAUAAAUCAACACCGAAACUUAUUUGAAACAUAUGUGAAUAAAACAACUAUUCCAACACAAAGAGUCGCAUCGAAAUACUUCAUUAAAUCAAACUUACAAUACUGCCGGACCUAUAAUUAUCAAUUGCUUGGUUUUUAUUUUGUGUUUACGGAUGAUGUUUCAUAAAAAUAAGUUGUCCUGUAAUAAAGGCAGAUACGAUAUGUAAACACCAACUGUUAAUAAAAAGAUACAAUGUAGUAUGAAGAUCUUUUACCAUAUGAUGUCAAACAAAUUUUAUUUACAGAAAGACAUAAGAGUUCUUGACGAUUUCACGCAUAAACUCCUUCUCUGCAAGCGAGCGUGCUCGUUUAGAUCGUGAAAUAUCUAUAUUAAGACAUGUUAAACAUCCUGGAAUUAUAAAACUUUUAUCUGUUGCUGAAUCACCAAAAGUUAUAUUCCUCAUAACUGAAUUAUGUGAAGGCAAUUCACUAGAUCAUUAUAUGAAACAAUUACCAGAAAAUACUGGGCUACAAGAAUAUAUUGUGGUAGCUAUUGUAAAGCAAAUAGCUUCAGCUUUAUCUUAUUUGCAUAAUCGAGGUAUUGUACAUAGAGAUUUAAAACCUGGAAAUAUUAUGUUAUUAAACAAAGUAGAAUUAGAUUUUCGUACUAUACCUCCGGUGAACUUUAAGUUAAAUUUUAAAUAUUCAUCGGACAGUAGAAUAAUUUCUUUCGAUUCUCUUAUUAAGCAUCAAAAACCUGAAAAUGAACACAUCGAGGUGCAUAAUGACUCGUGUUCCAGUCACAGUGGUACACGAUCAGAAAUAACAACGACGACAACAAUAACAACUGAAACAAUAUGUUCAUCUGUAUUUACUCGAAAUAAAUCAGUAAAUUCAAGCACAAAACCAUUGCCUGUUUGCUGUAGACAUGAUUCUACAUUAUUAGAAUGUAAUACAAAAACAAAUCAUAAUUCAAACAUCCAACCUAGAAUCCCAUCAUUUCAACUUGAUGAUAAUUAUUGUAUAAAUGUUGAAAAUAAAUAUCCACCUAAAGAAUUACAAACGAAAUUAAUUGAUUUUGGCUUAGCCAUAGAGGUACGCAAAAGUGAAGAAGUAUUAGCUAAUCCAUGUGGUACACUAUUGUACAUGGCACCGGAAGUAUUGAAUGGACGAUCAUAUACACGUCAAUGUGACUUAUGGAGUUUAGGUGUCAUUAUCUUUAUAUUAUUAACAAAUCAAACACCAUUUAAUUCACAAAAUGAAAAACAGUUAAUCAAUGAAUUAAAUCAACCUAAUAUACAAAAGAUAAUAGAAAAAUUAGGCAAUUAUAUAACAUCAUUAUGUAAAGAAUGUUUAAUACGUUUAUUAACUGUUGAUCCAGCUUAUCGUUUAACCGCUAAUCAACUUCUAAUUGAUCCAUGGUUAUCAUUUUAUCCAGUACAUAAUUCAAAUGAAAUAGUGAAUAAUAAUUUGAAUGCAUCUAAAAAAGAAAAGGAAUAUGAACAAAUGAAUUUAUCAACAAUUCAUUCACUUAAUAAUUUGCCUGGAAAUUCUAUCACAGCAUCUUCUUGUAGUAGUAGUAGUAUUAGUAAUAUUAAUAAAUGUGUUUCUAGACCAUCAUCAUUUUCUCGUUUCAAGACAACUGAUAAGUAUUCUACAACGAAUGUACUUGAAUUAAUGAAACAAUAUCAUAAAGAAUUGAAUAAUUGUAAGCAAAAUGUUGAGAAGGUGAAUCAAUAAGGAUGUCUAUAAUUCACAUCAUAAAUAUCAAUUGAUCAAUAAAAUGUAAUGAUUAUUAUUAAAGAUUAUUCAGUUCAUUAUUAUUAUUAUUAUUAUUAUUAUUAUUA